CUUCACGUCGUCCCGCUCUUCUCUACAGAGUAGAUCUCUUGGUUCUCUUCAUCGCUCAGAGAAGCCACCGAGCAGGAUCGAGCACCUGUCUAUGUAUUCGCCCUACGAAAACGCUUUCGAACACUACCUGCCGCUCGCGCUGCAACCUUUUCGCCCUGUGCGAAAACCUUGUAGUGUCCAUUCGAGAUCCUGUGGUUGAAAGUACCGAUCCACGUCACCCGUCAGCAUCGAUCCCUAUAUCAGAAACGACCAGUUAUCCCGAUACUAUCGUUUCUUUCUAACCACAGCUACCCCUUUGCAAUUACUACGCAUGUCGUGUGGUAGUAUUCCUAUCUUUGUUCAUCCUCUCUCCGCGUUUGACUCAACUCGCCUAAGCGUAUAAACAUUAUCCUACCGGCAAUAUGGCCAACAUCAACAUUCGUCGGGACAUUUCCGACCCUUUCUACCGGUAUAAGAUGGAGCGUCUCCAGGCCAAGAUCGAGGGCAAGGGCAACGGUAUCAAAACUGUUGUUGUCAACCUGAACAGCGUUGCCCAAUCACUCAGCCGCCCGCCAUCCUAUUUGAUCAAGUACUUCGGCUUCGAACUUGGAGCCCAGGCAAACUCUAAACCCACUGAUGAUCGCUGGAUCAUCAAUGGCGCUCACGAUGCCCCCAAGCUUCAGGACUACCUGGACGGUUUCAUCGCCAAGUUCGUCCUCUGCAAAAAAUGCAAGAACCCAGAGACCGACGUCGUUAUCAAAGACCAGGCCAUCAUCCUUGACUGCAAAGCCUGUGGUGAACGCUCAGACGUCGAUCCCCGUCUCAAGCUGAGCUCUUUCAUCUUGAAGAAUCAACCGAAGAAAGGAAAGAAGGAUAAGUCAACCAAGAAAUCCCGCCGAGAGAGGAACAAGGAGAAGGCCGAAAAGGGAGAGAACGGAGAGAAUGGAGAAGCAAACGGUAGCCCAGGAGAGAGCAAUGGUUCUGAUAUGGGAGAUGAGAAUGGUGACACGGGUGUUGAUGCUCACAGUGAUGACGAGCUCACUCGUCGAAUUAAGGCUGAAGCCGAGCAGAUUGAGCACAACGACGAUAUCGAUGACGAGGAAUGGGCUGUCGAUGUCUCUGAGGCCGCUGUCCGCGCACGUGCUCAGGAACUCCCCGACGAUCUGAAGCGCACUCUCGUCUUUAACGACGGUGACGGCGACGAUGAUGGCGAAAACGCAAUGGCUAGCUCCUACGACCAGUUUGGAAGCUGGAUCAUCGAGGAGGCUGAAAAGUCUAACAAGGGUGCCUCUGGUGUUAGCGACGUUGACAUCUACAUGAAGGCUAAAGAGUUCGGAAUUGAGUCCAAGCACAAGACUCUUUCUGUCUUGGCCCAAACACUUUUCGACGACAACAUCGUCAAGCAAAUCCCAGCCCGCGCUGGCCUCUUGAAGAAGAUGAUUACUUCUGAACGCCACGAGAAGGCCUUCCUUGGAGGCACUGAGCGCUUCGUCGGCAAGGACCGCCCAAAUCUUCUACCCAUGGUGUCCUCUAUUCUCCUCACUUACUAUCAAAAUGACUUGGUUUCUGAGGAGUUGCUCAAGAGCUGGGGAACCAAGGCUAGCAAGAAGUAUGUUGACAUUGCAACCAGCAGGAAGGUCCGCAAAUCUGCCGAGAAGUUCCUCCAAUGGCUCGAGACCGCCGAAAGCGAAGAUGAAAGCGAGGAGGAAGACGAGUAA